AUGGAGCAGUGCGUCGCGCUGACGGACUACGACGCGUGCGAGGCCGGCGAGAUCAGUUUCCGGCGCGGCGACGUCAUCACCGUGACGGCGAAGGGGAGCACCUCCGGCUACUGGGAGGGCUGCGUCGUCGCGCCCGGGCACGCGGAGGGGUCGUGUGGCCUCUUCCCCAACUGCUUCGUUUCGUCCAACAUGCGACCGCAGCAGAAGCCCACUUUCUGCAACAAGGCCCUCUGCCUCUACGACUACAAGGCGGCCGACGCGUCGGAGAUGUCCUUCCGGAAGGGCGAUCUGCUGGGGGUGGUGCGGCCCAGCGCGUCGCCGGGGUGGUGGUGCGGCGUCAACGAGAGUGAGGCGGGGCGCAUGCGACAGCGACAGGAGUCAGAGGAUGCCGUUGCGCUUGCGUGCGGGACGGUGACGGAGCCGCUUCUUUUGCCAAGCAACUUUGUCACGUGUAGAAUCGUCGUCGCGGCCUUCUCCUUUGAGGCGCGACAGAAACAUGAGUUGGUGUGCGAGGUGGGCGACGUCAUUCAAGUGCAUCGGAAGUGGAACGACGGGUGGUGGGAGGGGACUCUGCGUGGCCGGCGCGGUAUCUUCCCCAGCAACUACACAUUGCCGAACGUGGCGACCACCACUCCUCCUUUUUUCUGCAAUGUCUGCAAGACCGUCUUCGCCGACGGUCCACUUCGCUGUGAAGCGUGCCACAAGGAUGAGGAGGUGACGCGGUCAAUGAUCGCAGCUCUGGAUGACUAUGCCGCAGGGAAGAUCCCCACAUUAGAUCUAUUUGCCUAUGUGGAGAUUGAAAAGACCGGCACAGGCGAAAGGGGAAUAGGCGCAGCAGCAGCAGCUGAGGGAUCCGUGCGCCGUGCUACCGGCAUGCCGGUGUGA